AUGGUUUCUCGUAAUAAUAAUUCUAUUAGUUUUGCUCUUGGUCUAACUGGAGGUAUUCUUGGCUUCAUGAGUUUGGUAUUUACUUGUAUUGGUGUUGCUCUUCCAACAUGGUAUAUUGGUACAAGUGCUGAUCAAACAGUUAUUAUAACUAAAGCCAAUUUAUUUUCUUCUUGUUAUGCUCCAUAUACAUCUCAAGGAAUAAUAUCAUCGACACUUAAUUGUGGAUCAUAUAAUUCGUAUUCAUGUUCAACAACAUCUUAUCAAAAUUCUGUAUUAAAUAUUACAUCAUAUAGUCCAGGAUGCACAAAUCCUAAUAGUGAAGCAUCGAUUUAUUUGGAUUUCGAUGCUCCGAUUUAUCAAGUUUCAAUGACAAAUUAUUAUAAUUUACGUAGUGCUGUUAUACUCUCAAUAAUAUCUAUUCUUUUUACACUUUUUUCAACUAUAUUUGGAUUUCUAACAGGACUUAUAUUAUUAAAUAUUUAUUUAGUUUUUAUUGCUCCAAUAUUUGCUUGUAUUGCUUUAAUCUUUGGUAUUUGUACUUUAGUUAUUGCUGGUUCUGUUCUUAAUUACACAGGUGUUGGUUUUAUUUUAUUUGUAGUUGGAAUUUUACUUGAAUCAAUAUCCCUUGUAUUACUAUCAAUUGUAGCUGGACGAUUAAAUAGUGUCGAAGCAAAAAAUCAUACAAACGAUAAUGAACCUAUGUUUAUAGAACGAGAUGAUACGUCUCCUGAUAUUCAACAUGAAUAUACAAAUAGAAUUUGA